AUGCGUUUGACCACUUUGUCCACGCUUAUCGCGCUGCCUACUCUGGCUCUGCACGUCACGGCUUCUCACCAAGGAUACAAAAGUCAAAGCCUGAAUGCGCGUCACUUGCUCCGUACUCGCGAUCAACCCACAGUGACGCCGGACUAUGAGCGUUUUGCGGACCCCGAAACAGCCAAACAUAGUCUCAUCUUUGGCGGAGACGACAAUGUAAGCCAAGAGGUCAAGGGUGAGUGGCAUGCCGCCCAGUCCGCGUCCGACGACUGCUCACAUGCUGUACUCUGCAAAGGCAAAGGUGGCAAUGGCGAGCCCAAGAAAAGCUUGAGUCUGCAGAGCGCAGACGACGGCACACAUACCGAUACCCAGCCCGAAGAGAAGCCCGCCGCUUCGAAAGGCAAGUUGCCUCCCAUGGCAAAGCUACCCGAGAAGAUCUUUGGCGUCAACCUCGGAGCUUGGUGAGCCAGUACGCUUCGUUGUCGCCAGGCAGAAGUCGCACUAAUUCGGGUUGUCUUCCACGUUGCAGGUUCGUUCUCGAAAAUUGGCAGGGCAACUCGAUUUUCCUCACGCCCGACCUCGUCGAUCAGACACUGACAGACGAGUAUUCUUGGAGCAUCGCUGUUGGAAAGGAAGAGGGUGCAAAGCGUCUGAAGGAGUGGUACGCCACGCGGUACACGGAGGACGACUUUAAGCAAAUCAAAGCUGCCGGAUUGAACAUGGUCCGUAUUCCUGUCAGCCACUACAUGCUCAACGCCUCCAACACGGAGCCAUACAUCGGAGGCAUCCAGCUGCCAUUCCUGAAGCAGGGCCUCAAGUGGGCCCAGAAGUACAAUCUUUCCGUCAUGAUCGACCUCCAUACUACUCCAGGAAGUCAGAAUGGGGUAAGUCUUUCUCGGCACGGAGAAGUCGGCGAGCCGAAUCGCCUUCACUCACGCAAGCCAUGCCACGACUUGACCUGUUAGUACGACAAUAGCGGCAAAGGAUCCAACGGCAACCUCGGCCAGCCAAUCAUAGAGUGGCACCGCAACUCGACCAACUUUUUGCGCACCUUGUCUGCUCUCAAAACCUUGACGGAAGAGGUGGUGAACACGAAAGAGUUUGGCGGCAUUGUCAAGGCGAUCGAGGUGAUGAACGAGCCUCACACUGGUACGUCAUGGGUCAUGACCUGUCAGACUGCGCGCACGCUGACGGUUCACCUUGACAAUAGGCAAGGACGCCAUCCCCAUCUCUCUGUUGGCUUUGUUCUUUAGCGAGUCGUACAAUGCCAUUCGUGCGACGGUCAACUCAUCAGCGCCAGUCACGCCCUAUGUCGUCUUCAACAUCUUCCAAAGCCCCGUGGAUCCCAACGAGCCUGGAGGUCUGAGUUGGGACGGGGAGUCUGGCUGGAACACUUUUUUCCUUUCCGACGCUUUCCAGAAUGGCACCUUCUUCCUCGACACCCAUCAGUACCAGGCUUGGGACGGUCUUCUGCUCCACGACGACCACAUUGCGCGUGCUUGCAACAAGACGGCUUCCCUUGAAGCGCAGAACGCCAAGAUCCCGACGCUCGUGGGGGAGUAUAGCUUGGGCAUCACCGUCCGAUGCGUCAAUCCCACUGUCCCCUCUUACCACAGCUGCCAAGGUCUCACCAUCAAAGAUGAUCUCAAAACACUAUCAGCUCCAGAGCAAGUCCUUUUUGCCAAGAGAUUCUACGAGGCUCAGCGAGUCGCCUAUGGAAAGACCAUGGGUAUGAUCAUGUGGAACUGGAAGACCGAUUCUGCUGCUGCUUGGUCCUACCAAGCAUCCCUCGAUGCUGGAUGGAUCACGAAGAAUCCCACCGACGUGCGCUUCAAGGUCUUGCCUGCCGGAUCGCCUCCACUCUUCCAGUGUGUUGCGCACGAUGAUCUGACCACGAAGACAGUCGUUGAGAACAAGGACGACAUGGAAGGCAUGUAGUGAGUUGGAUGUGUCAGUCGCAUGAGGUCUUUAGGAUGCUCAAUGCCCGCACUCUUGCACGCAGUGUCGACGACCCUCGGUCGAAGCAAAUUGCGGCGAACAUGGCUCCAGCUCUGCAGCAGUACCUGGCGGAAGGAACACUGCCUCCUGAGAUUCAGAAAUAUGGAGCGCAGUACUCGAACGAGGUGGGCAGACUGCUGAGAGCGGCUCUGCCUUUCGUUCCUUCGGACAAGCAAGUCGUCGACCCGGGACCGCCGCCUCCGCCUGCUCGUCGUUCAAUCUUAGCGAAAGACACGGCUGGCUUCGCACGCCGUCGUGCGUGA